AUGGGGGCUUGCCUGGGAAAACCUGCAAAACUUGCUCAUGCUUCUUCAGGACAAUUUUCUGAUAAUAAGAGGUCAAGUGUCAGUACAGAAUCAAACCAUUUGGGUUCUUCGAACCAGCAAAAUCACUCGGGCACCUUAUGCAAUGCGGUCUUAGCUUUGAAAGGCCUCUCGAGCAACCUCAAAUCGUUCACCCUAAGUGACCUCAAGAACGCCACUAAGAACUUCCGGUCGGAUAGCCUUCUUGGGGAAGGUGGGUUCGGUUAUGUGUUCAAAGGAUGGAUAGACGAGCACACGCUUGCCCCGAGCAGGCCUGGGAGCGGCAUGGUUGUGGCCGUCAAGAAGCUCAAGCCAGAAAGCUUUCAGGGCCACAGGGAAUGGCUUACAGAAGUUAACUACUUGGGCAUGCUAAGCCACCAAAACCUAGUAAAGCUAAUUGGCUACUGUUCAGAAUCUGAGCAUAAGCUUCUAGUCUACGAGUACAUGUCGAAAGGAAGCUUAGAGAAUCAUCUUUUUAGAAAAGGAGUGCAACUCAUGCCUUGGGCAGUACGGAUGCGAAUUGCGGUCGAUGUUGCUAGAGGAUUAUCCUUCUUGCAUAGCUUAGAUGCCAAUAUAAUCUACCGGGACUUGAAGGCAUCCAAUGUGCUUCUCGACUCGGAAUUCAAUGCAAAGCUUUCGGACUUUGGGCUCGCUAGGGAAGGUCCCAAAGGAGACAGAACUCAUGUUUCAACCCGGGUUGUUGGCACUCGAGGCUAUGCUGCCCCAGAAUAUGUAGCAACAGGUCACCUGACUCCAAAGAGCGACGUGUACAGCUUUGGGGUCGUUUUGCUCGAGCUUCUAUCUGGAAAACGGGCCAUGGGGGAUGACAAUGCCGGGGGAGCAGAAGAAACCCUAGUGGACUGGGCAAAACCAUUUUUAAGUGAUGGUCGGAAAGUGUUGAGAAUCAUGGACUCGAGAUUGGGCGGUCAGUACUCAAAGAAGGGGGCCCAAGCUGCAGCAGCCCUCGCACUCCGGUGCCUUCACAUAGACGGUAGAAACCGGCCAUCCAUGACGGAGGUUCUGGCGUCACUCGAGCAGCUCCAGGCAUUGGGAAACACGCCUAGGAUUUUACCUCAUGCUAACAGGGAAAACUGUAUGAACGAGAAAAUGAGCCCUCGUAGGACUACAAGAGGCGUAAGGCAAUCAAGGUAG